AAUCUCAUAAACGGCAGUAUCUCCACAAGGUUGGAAUAGAUAAGGAGUUAAGGACAGAGCUCACAUUAAAUGACAGUGCAUGAUUGCAAGUACCCAUCGUUGAAGUAAACGUUGUGGUUUUCUGAACUAAGUACAGGACAAUGUUUGUUACCCAGAAUCCAAGAAAAUCCGCCCACUAGAAAAACAACUUAGCUAGAGUCUGCAUCAUUUGACUUUAAUCCAACAAUUGUGGAUGGAGCUCACAAGCUCUUUUCUCAACUUCAAUAAUUCAACAAUCCUGGAAAAAAGGGUUCAGAAUCCAAACUAAUCUUUUGACAAUAGGAUACAAGGAGAGUAACCAGUAUUCUUGUAUUUCAGUUGCCUUUGAGUUUUUGCGAAGAGAAUACAAGGGAAAAUUGACCAAAUGGGUUCUGAGGGAGAAGUUGGUGAAGAGGUCCAGCCAAGAACUUACUGGAGGUGGAGCAAACAAGAUUUCCUACCAGAAGAGUCAUUUCAAAACUGGAGUGCAUAUCGAACUGCCUUGUCACAAACGCACCACAGGUUCAAGGAUCGACUCAUAAGCAGAUCAAAUGAUGCAAAUGAGACCGGGGAGCUCCGGAAACAAAGUGAGAAUGACAUGAAACGUUGCCUCACCUGGUGGGAUCUCAUCUGGUUUGGUUUCGGUUCAGUCAUUGGUGCCGGCAUCUUUGUGCUUACCGGGCAAGAAACGCAUGACCAUGCUGGACCAGCAAUUGUCUUGUCCUAUGUUGCGUCAGGUAUCUCAGCUAUGCUCUCUGUCUUCUGCUACACUGAAUUUUCAGUUGAAAUCCCAGUGGCUGGUGGAUCUUUUGCUUACCUGCGGAUUGAGUUGGGAGACUUUGUAGCAUUCAUAACAGCAGGAAACAUACUUCUUGAGAGUGUGGUAGGAAGUGCAGCAGUUGGCAGAGCAUGGACUUCUUACUUCACAUCGCUCUUGAAUCGUCCCUCCAACUCAUUACGUUUCCAUACAAAUCUCACUGAAGGCUACAAUCUCCUGGACCCAAUAGCUGUUGUUGUUCUGGCUUUGGCUGCUACAAUUACAAUGAUCAGCACAAGGAAAACCUCUUAUUUGAAUUGGAUAGCAUCCGCAGUCAAUAAUGUGGUAAUAUUGUUCGUACUGAUUGCAGGGUUUUCCCAUGCUAAGCUCUCAAAUAUGAAACCUUUUAUGCCUUUUGGGCCUAGAGGGGUCUUUCAAGCAGCUGCGAUUGUUUACUUUGCUUACGGAGGAUUUGACAGUAUCGCCACCAUGGCUGAAGAAACCAAAAACCCAUCCAGAGACAUACCAAUUGGAUUGCUCGGAUCAAUGUCAAUCAUAACUGUCAUAUACUGUUUAAUGGCACUUGCACUGCCUAUGAUGCAGAAAUACACAGAAAUAGACACAGGUGCAGCAUACUCUAUGGCAUUUCAAAGUGUGGGCAUGACAUGGGCCAAGUACCUGGUAGCUCUUGGUGCUCUCAAGGGAAUGACGACUGUUCUUCUGGUGGGAACACUUGGACAGGCUCGCUAUAUCACUCAUAUAGCACGAGCCCACAUGAUUCCCCCAUGGUUUGCCCUUGUCCAUCCAAAGACAGGAACUCCCAUAAAUGCUACACUCUUGAUAGCUGUUUCAAGUUCCUGCAUUGCUUUCUUUUCAAGCUUGGACGUCUUGACAGGCCUGUUGUCAGUGAGCACACUCUUUAUCUUCAUGAUGAUGGCCGUUGCACUUCUAGUUCGGAGAUACUAUGUGACAGAUGUCACCCCAAAACCACAUCUCUUGAAGCUAGUUGUUUACUUGGUGAUCAUUAUUUCUUCCUCAAUAGGGACUUCAGUUUACUGGGGAUUAAAUCCCAAUGGAUGGGUUGGCUAUGUUGUGACAAUCCCACUUUGGUUCUUUGCGACUUUGGCAAUGUCAGUAUUUUUACCUCAACAGAGGUCACCAAAAGUCUGGGGGGUUCCACUGGUUCCUUGGCUGCCAUCCUUGUCUAUCGCCACAAAUAUUUUUCUUAUGGGAUCUUUGAGUUCUUCUGCUUUUAUAAGGUUUGGAAUAUGCACCGUCGUCAUGCUUAUGUACUAUGCUCUCUUUGGCGUUCAUGCAACCUAUGAUAUGGCCCAUAAGAAAGGUAUGCCAGAAUUGCCUGAACCCCUGAAAGUUAUCAUAGCAACACCAGAGAGAAGGCAGAACCUUGAAAUCACCCCUGAAAAUCAAUGAUAGAAAAAUCAGAGAGGAAGAGCCUGAAAUAGAAAUAAUCUAUGAAUUUAUUUGUAAGAACUACAUCCUCUUCAACUCAAUUUCAUAUUACAACACAUUUAGUUCUGAGCCCAAUUAUUCUAAAUUGUAAGAGUAAGAACUAUUCUACUUGUAGCUGUUGAUUACUUUUAAUAGAAUGAUAUCAAAUUUAACAACCAUGUUGAUUUCAGAUAGGAUUAUAGCAUGCAAGCUGAUCAA